CCGAUGGACAUGGACAUGGACAUGGAUAUGGACGUGGACGUGGGCGUGGACGUGGAAGACGACAGCGUCCCUGCCUCUCGAUAUCCUGAAAUCCACAAGGCCUACGCGGAGCUGAGCGAGAAGGUAACCCUGGGAAUGGCUCGACUUUUAAGCCUCGUUAUACUGAUCGGAUCGUCUUCAUAGCUGGCAUUGGAAAAUGCUCGGCAUCAGCAGAUGGCGGAACAGCUAGCUGCAGCCCAAUCCAAGGCCGAAUCCAAAGCGGGAGAGAUUGCUAUCAUCCGCGCGAACCAGGCCAAAGUUGCCGAGAACUAUGACCGACAGCUAGCAGCCUUGCGAAAGACCAUGGCGGAAGACGCGGCGCGGCAUGCACAAGAGAUCGAGGCUGCCCGCGAGGAGGGCAAGACGUUCGCCACGAGAAACGCCUUCCUCGAGCACGAACUAGCCGAGGAAUCAAUGCAGACAAAUCGGUUGAAAGGCAAGGGCCGGGCUGGAGAGAAACCUCCGCCCGUGACACCGAAAAAGAACCGGAUCCUCCCCUUCCGCGAUGGGUUCGAUGAUGAUGAGAUUCUCGCCGUUUCUCCCACCAAGUCGGCGCACAAACGAUCGACACCGGUUGUCCCAGGGAAAAGAAAGAGGCAGCUCAGCCAAGACAGUCAACCUCCGUUGCAAUUAAGCCCCCAACCCGAGCCUAUACCAGUCGAAAAGCCGACGGUAGAGCCGACGGACGAUGUGAUGGGCGAUGCGAUGGGCGAUGUCGCCCCGGAUCAGGCGGUGCCGGAGGAGACGACUGCACGCUUUGUAGACUCCAGCACCGUGAAGAAUCUCAUGAAGCACAUGACAUACCCGAACGAAAAGCCCGAUAUCGAGGCCAUGGCAGAGCUGGCAUUUCCUUCCGAGCCGCAGCGAACCGUAGCCACCAUUCUGUUGGAGGAGACAUCGAAUCUGGACUUUGGUAAUUACCUGGUGGAAUAUGCGCGAGCCAUCAUCUCCCUGUGGGAUCGCGCAUUGACCGAGAAGUACUACCAGCCCGUCCCAAUGUUCAUGUCCAUCAUGCGGUUUCUUCUCUUUGAAGAUGUUCAAGCCGCCGACUCUGGCUUGACUGCGCUUUUGGUACCGCUCCUGAAAAGGUCCGGUGAUAUCAACGGGAACCCUCGGUUCCGACAUUCCCCCGUCUCGCAACAGAGCCUGGGCCAGGUGCGGCAGACACCGUUAUCAGAAUUGCAGCCGCUCGUCGACUCCACGGAUGCCCUGAGUCUGCUUUUCGAAAUGGUGUCUCGACGAAUCCAUGUUGAGCCCGAGAUAACGGAGUUUUGGCAACUCUUGGACUACGAGUACGUCCUGAUGCUGCUUAAUUGCGCGCAGCCGAUCAACGACAUUAUCCUCAUCCUCAGUCUGCUGUCCACCAGCGUCCGCGCGGACUCGUUCGGCCCUAUCCAGCCCACCGAGGAGGCACAGCGAGCCGUCGAGAAUUACAUCGUAGAUCGCGUCACCCAUCUCCUGAGUGAGAGGCCACAGGUCGACGAAGGACGGCCUCCAUACCUGCCAACCGAAAUCUGCAACAUGCGCUUGGAAGGGUUGGCCUUUUUGACGAACCUGGCCUUCAACACCCGGAUGCCCGACAACAGGCACGGCAGCAUGGUCGUCGCGUCCCACCCCACCGUGCUGGGCCGAUUAAUUCGGGUCAUGCACGACGAGCUCACCGCUCUAUAUAGCUAUCCCCCGGAGAAGACGCGUCACGCGGCGAUGGUCAACAGACUGAUGCGGCUAGUCCACGGACUCAUGCAGCGCCACCCAGAGCAGGCAGAGCUGCAAUCCAAGCUCGGCCGGGUGGCGGGCGGGAAGCAGAAGUUCAUCGUUGUCAUGACGCGACUCGCGUUUAGCGAGGGACUGGUGCUUGAGGCGGGGAUUGACGACGAGACGGUGGAAAUGGCCCAUGAGAUCCUCGAUGAUGCCGUAACGCCGGAAGAAGCCGAAUCGCUGCUGGAAGCGUUUCCCCACGCGAAGCGCGAGGAUUGAUGAAGAGCAGGAGGUUGUAUCUUAUGGGGACUGUGGUUGGGGAUUUGUUCGCAUCUAUCGGUGUUUCUGGGGCAUGGACGGUGUACUACACCACAUCUAUUUUCACGAUGAUACCAAGAGGAGAGGAGAAAUGAU